AUGUUGUCAGGCGAUAGGUUCGAUCUUCUGACUCGUGAACAAUUAUUCGAGAAACUGGAUCGUCAAAUUCAACAAAAAGGACCGAUUCAUCCUGAAGUUGCAGGGACAUACAAUGAGAUUGCAAGACUCUUUCAGGAGGAAGGCAGACUGGAUAAAGCCAUCGACAUGUUGGAGAAGAAGCUCGAAAUUGAGUCUGAAGUUUUUGGGCGUGACGAUCAUCCACGAAUGGCAAGUUCAUACCAUAAUUUGGGAAACCUGCUGAAGGACAUUGCCCCAAGCCGCCAAGGAGAGGCUAUGAGUCGGUUGCAAAAGGCACUUGAUAUUGCUACCAAGAGCUUUGAGGAUGGUCACCCAGCCAUUGCGGCAUUGAAUCAAGAUAUGGCAGAUAUCUUGUACAGUCAAGGUAAACUUGACGAAGCUGCUCAACGAUAUCAACAAGCAAAUGAAAUCAAUUUGAAGUUUCAUGGGCGCGAGCAUCCAGAAACUAUGGCGGCAUUUCACUGUUUAGGAAAUGUUCUGUUUCGUCAAGAUCGACCCGAAGAAGCAGAGAAGCAGUAUCGACAGGCGCUUGACAUUUGUCUUAAGGUUCAUGGGCCAGAUCAUCCGUCGGUCGGUGGUAUCUUCCAAUGUUUGGGAGACUCCUUGGGCUCCCAAACCAAACAUGACAAAGCGUUGAAGGCAUACCGACAAGCCUUGAAGACUCGGUUGAAAGCUAAUGGGAAAUAUGAUCCGGCAACUGCGACGACGUACCAAUCGAUGGGCAAUGCCUUCGCCAAUCUCCUGCUGCUGGACGAAGCGGUGAAUCAUUUUGAGGAAUCACUCGAUAUCAAGCUAAGGAUCCAUGGACCUAUGCACCCAUCGACCGGCAUAACACAUCAUUCUUUAGGAAAUGUCUUGGAUAGUCAAGGGAAGCAUGAUAAAUCAAUCGAUCAUUUCCAGAAAGCGCUGCAAGUCUGCCAAAAAUCAUUUGGAGACAACCACCCGUCGACUGGGGCAGUAUAUUUCUGCCUUGGGAAAGCUUUGAACGCCCAAGGCAACUAUUCCGAUUCGUUCCAAAAAUAUCAGAAAUCUUUGAAAGUUGAUUUGAAAGUACACGGACACGAACAUCCUUCGACUGCCAAAACGUACCACGAAAUUGGGAAUGUAUUGAAUCACCUAGGCAAGUACGAGUUGGCGUUGGAAUACUACGAAGAAUCGCUUGGGAUCGACUUAGCAGUGCACGGGGGAGAGAAUGAGUCGACAGCCACCACGCGCCACGAAAUUGGGAGCGUCUUGGACCAUCUUGGUCGGUUUGAUGAAGCUAUGGAGCAUUUGAACAGGUCAUUGGCUACUGAUUUGGAGCUUCAUGGGCACGAUGGCCACCCGUCAACCCUAUCAACAUAUCUUUGCAUGGGAAGAGUUUUGGAAAAUCAAAGAAAAUACGAUGACGCAAUGAGAGCUUAUCAAGAGGCGCUUGUGAUUUGCCUGAAACUGCAUGGGCUGUCUCAUCCUUCAGUUGCAACCGUGUAUCACCGAAUGGGAGGGGUCCUACAGCAUCAAGAAAAGCAAGACGAGGCAGUAGAAUUCUUAGAGAAAUCGCUUGAGCUUCGACGAGAAGCCUUUGGGGAAUAUCACCCAGGUGUUGCCAUGGUCUACAACAGUCUGGGGAAGGACUUGGGACAACGAGAGAGCCAUGAAGAUGCUCAUGAUUUGUUUCAGCGGGCACUCCGAAUCCAAUUGAAGACUUUACGCGCGGACCAUCCGGAUCUUGCUGUCACCUAUACGAAUAUAGCCAAUCUUUGGAGACUCCAAGGCAAGUUUAUGGAGGCAACAGAAUCUUACGAGAAAGCACGUGCGAUUCGAAAGAAGGUCGUCUUCUUGAUGGAUGAUGGCAACCAUUAUCCGUCAGUGAGAGAAACCAAUGAGAAAAUGAAAGCAAUGUCGUCGGAAUUUGUUCUCCAAUGCCAUGAUUGCAAUAUGUCAGGAGCUCAUAAGAGUCUGACAUAA